AUGGAGGCGUAUGUCACUUUGACAAUGCUUCUCGACAAAGCAGUGACAAAAAUUCUACAGACUGGACUGAUAUCUGGGGACCAAAAUGGCAAUAUUCGAGCAUGGGACUUGACGGCAAAUUCAUGCAGUUGUGCCGGAGAUCGAUACAGCUAUAAAGUCUUUGACAGUAAUAUGGUAUGGAAGCUUGAUCGUGGCUGCAAACAAUCGUGGAACAUGCUAUGUUUGGCGCCUGUUGUGAGGAAUGCAAACUAUGACCAAUUUUGA